AUACUAGAGAAACAUAAAUGAAUAUUGUUGAACUUUUUUUUUUCCUCUUCGUGUUUUACGCCAGAUCUUACUCCAAUUUUAUUUCCUCUUGUUUCUCCACUCAAACAGCAGAUCUCACCGACGCCAAAAACAGCACCAAUUCAUAAGAAGAAACUAAGAUGGGAAUUAAUGGUUUGUUAGCAGAUUCAAAAGGGGGCCAAACGUUAAUGGUGGGUUUGAUUUUAAUGGCAGCCUCGUUUUAUGGUGGCACCCUCUUUGCCAAUAAUGCUCCUCUUUUGGAUAUACCCACUUCCUCUUCUAAUUUUUCACUUGGCUCCUCAAGCUUUACAAAUAGAGUUGCUCAAACUUAUCGAAGCACACCGUUGGUAAUCCCUCAGUCAGGGAUUAACGUAUGCCCAAUCAACUUCAAUGAAUAUAUACCUUGUCAUGAUCCUUCUUAUGUGAAAGAUUUGCUUCCAACUCUAGAUCUUUCGAGAAAGGAGGAACUGGAGAGGCACUGCCCCCGUUUUGAGAAGCGUUUAUUCUGUUUGGUGCCACCCCCCAAGGAUUAUAAAUUACCUAUUCGAUGGCCAAUCAGUAAGGAUUAUGUUUGGCGGACUAAUAUAAAUCAUACCCACCUUGCAGAAGUGAAAGGAGGUCAAAAUUGGGUUCAUGAGAAUGACCAAUUGUGGUGGUUCCCAGGUGGCGGCACACAUUUCAAGCAUGGAGCCUCUGAAUACAUUCAAAGGUUAGGAAAUAUGACAACUAAUGAGACCGGUGAUCUCCGUAAUGCAGGGGUGUUUCAGGUUCUAGAUGUUGGCUGUGGUGUUGCCAGCUUCGGAGCUUAUCUACUUCCUUUGGAUAUACAAACAAUGUCUUUUGCACCCAAAGACGGACAUGAGAAUCAGAUUCAGUUUGCUUUAGAACGAGGAAUCGGCGCAAUGAUUGCUGCCAUAUCCACAAAGCAGCUUCCUUAUCCUACGAGUUCGUUUGAAAUGGUACAUUGUUCAAGAUGCCGUGUUGAUUGGCAUGAAAAUGAUGGCAUCCUUCUGAGAGAAGUAGAUCGUCUUUUAAGACCGAAUGGGUACUUUGUUUACUCUGCUCCACCAGCAUACAGAAAGGAUAAAGAUUAUCCUGUGAUAUGGGAUAAGUUAGUGAAUCUGACGACAGCCAUGUGCUGGAAACUCAUAGCCAAAAAGGUUCAAACAGCAAUCUGGGUUAAACCAGGAGAUGAAGCAUGUGUCCGGCAGAAUGCAGAGCAGAACCUAGUACAAGUAUGUGAUGUGACCAAUGAUUCAAAGCCAUCAUGGAAUAAACCACUAAAGGAUUGCGUAACCUUAAGUGGUGAAUUAUCAAAUUCUGAUAAACUUCCUCCACGGCCAGAGCGUCUUUCAGUGUAUCCUGAGAGUUUAAUCAGAUUAGGUAUCAGCCGCGAGCAAUUUGCUACAGACACACUUUAUUGGCAGCAUCAAGUUCAGCAGUAUUGGAUGCUGAUGAAUGUUAGCAAGACAGAGAUUAGGAAUGUCAUGGACAUGAAUGCCCUCUGGGGUGGGUUUGCUGCAGCAUUAAAUUCAUAUCCUGUUUGGGUUAUGAAUGUGGUUCCUUCAACCAUGGAUGAUACUUUGACUGCUAUCUAUAGCAGAGGCUUGCUAGGUGCUUUCCAUGAUUGGUGUGAGGCUUUUUCGACGUAUCCCCGAUCUUAUGAUCUUUUGCAUGCGAGUUAUCUUUUCUCUCAUUACCAUGAUCGUGAUGACAAUUGUCUGUUGGAGGAUAUCAUGCUGGAGAUGGAUCGUAUGCUGAGACCUCAGGGCUUCAUCAUUAUCAGGGAUGAAGAACCAAUCUUGUCCAAAAUUAAGGAUCUUGCACCAAAAUUUCUCUGGGAUGUAAGCUCAUAUCAGCUGCAGAACAAGCAACAAGAGGAGAAGACCGUGCUCAUUUGUAGGAAAAGAUUCUGGGCAAUCACCUGAAUGAUUCGACACUUAUUGAAAUACGAAUGCAUCAUUGGUUCAUAUAUGCAAUUAUGCAUGUAUCCCCAUAUUCCCCUGGAAUUUUCCACUCUUUCAUGCAAUACUCGGAAGUAAAUAUCCAUGCUAACAAAUGGGAGAUUGGAGCAGAACCAGGGUGUGGACUGCGGAGGAAGAAGCAACUGAGGCAAAGAGCGCGAUUUUUGUAGUUGGAAAUUGUCUUAGCUUUCUUUCUUCUCGUAUGUUGUUCUUAUGGUAGUUCCUUCUGUAUAUUAUUGUUCAAGGCACAUGAGGUGGUUUUAGCUCAUUGCAUGAUAUUAAUUCAUUAUUACUCCCGCAAAUUUAAAAUAUGAGAGAUAAUUCAUAUCUAUCUUAUGGCUCCAUCCAUAUCUGUAUCUCCUAAUCAACAUAAAUAAUGUGUAUUUGUUUAUCUUUUUC